AUGUGGGUCCCCGGGAUGGUCAUCGCCUCGAUCUACGCUUGCAUCGCUGUGGUCGGACUCAUCGGCAACAUCACACUCAUCAGAACCUUCUGUUCGGCCAAAUCCAUCCGCAAUGUGCCCAACCUGUUCAUGUCGAGUCUGGCUCUCGGAGACGUGCUGCUGCUGCUGACCUGCGCUCCGGUGGACGCCAGCAGGUACCUGUCGGAGGAAUGGAUGUUCGGCAGAGUGGGCUGCAAAGUCAUCCCCUUUAUCCAGCUCACCUCAGUCGGGGUGUCCGUUUUCACCCUCACGGCACUUUCUGCAGACAGGUACCGAGCGAUCGUGAAACCUCUGGACAUCCAGACGUCCAACACCACUGCCGGCAUUGUCCUGCGGGCAGCGCUGAUCUGGUUCUUCUCCUUGAUCCUGGCAAUUCCCGAGGCAGUCUUCUCCGAUCUUCACACGUUCCACGUGGCUUCCACCAAUGACACCUUUGUCACCUGUGCCCCUUACCCACAUGCCGGGGAUCUCCACCCCAAGAUCCACUCCAUGGCCUCCUUUCUGAUUUUCUACGUCAUCCCCCUGCUGGUCAUAUCAGUGUAUUACACCUUUAUCGCCUGCAGUUUAUUAAAGAGCACAUCCAACUUGCCUGUGGAGGGAAAUGUACACGCAAGACGGCAGGUGGAAUCCAGGAAACGAGUGGCCAAGACUGUGUUGGUGUUCGUUGGCCUCUUCGCCAUCUGCUGGCUCCCCAGUCAUGUGAUCUACCUGUACCGCUCCUACCACUACUCCCAGGUGGACACUUCUCUGGUUCACUUCGUGUGCAGUGUAGUAGCACGAAUCCUGGCCUUCACCAACUCCUGCCUCAACCCCUUCGCUCUGUACCUGCUGAGCAAAAGCUUCCAGAAACAGUUCAACCGGCAGCUGUGCUGUUGCUGGCGAGUCAUCGGGUGGCGCAGCUCACCGAGCCUCAAACGCGGCAACACGUGCGUGACGUCCGUCCGCAGCACCCAUCACUCCAUCGCCAGUCUGAGCGUGGUGAUCGCACGUCCGCUCAAUCAGGAAGACUGCGUCUAG